UUCCUACCAGCAGCCUGGGCUUUAAGAGGAACUGGCUGAGAUGAAGUUUCACUUCAGCAGGGGGAGAACCAAGAUGCAUCUCGCCCAGCUUAGAGCAGCUCUUCUGAUUCUCUGCCUCUGGACCCUCACGAACCUUUCCUUCGGAUGCAAUGAUAUAUACCCACAGACGAUGCAUUUGAAAGUCCACGAGCCGUUAAUCGUACCCUGCCCUAAUGCCACUGAAGAUGAGAUGACCUUUAAACUGUCCUUCAACAAGCACCAGAUCUGCAACAGAACCUUCAAUGGGAGCCAUUUCAAGCAUCAGAAUGCCGUAGAGAUGGGCGUGGACCUCAAAGUGAACCACCGGAAUCGUGAGGCCCACUUUGAGAUUUCAAGUGUGCAGGCCAACAGCACAGGCAUUUACGGAUGUGAGGCAGAGGUUCUGUUUCCUCCCCCAUAUAGGAAGCUGACUGCUAGAUUGAUUGCUGUCUUUGUUGAAGAAGAGCGCUGCCAGCCGCAAGGAAUAAAACAGUGCCCCUCCGAGAGCCCACCCACCUUCUUCUGGUGGCCUAUAGGCUAUGGGAUCCUGGGUUUCUACUGCCUGGCCAUGACCUGCAUUACUGCUGUUCUCUGGCACAAACUCAAGAUUAAACAGUGCCUUCAGAAUGAUUACAUGAACAUGAAGCCGGGAGGUUUCCGGAAGCGUCCGCGAGUGCAGCAUCCAGCUAUAAUGGGCAGAUACUGAGUCCAUCAGUGCCUGCAACCUAAUUACGGCUUCCUGCAAUGGACUUCCUAAGCACAUUCACUUCACAGUGGAAAACUCCCCAGUCCAUCUGAUAUUAAAAAAGCAAAACACCAGAAAUUCCUUUGAAGUGAAUUCUUUGGGUCAGACAUAGGGUUAGAUUAUACAAGAUUUAAAACAGGAAUCUGUGACAAAGACUAAAUAGGAAUGAGAUGGAAAUGCUGAUUGACUAACUUAAGUCAGUCAGAAUAUUUCCCAGACAAAUAACAUUUAAUAUAAAUCUAAUUGAAUAAAAACGGCUGAAUCGAGUGUUCAUUCUUAAGCCUGAAACCAAAAUCCUCUCCCUUAGCAGAACACCGCCCCCUGGAGGAUCGUGUCAAUUAACAUCCACUGAAAAUUUCUUAAGAAAUUCAUUGAAACUUUUUGAAUGAAUUAUGUUAAUAUGCAUUAUUUUAUUAAUACUAAUACUAGUUUUAUUUCUUUGUUCGUAUUGCCCGUUUAUUUGUGUAUGUGUAUGUGUGUUUUCAUAUUGCAAAUGUUAAAAAAAUGUUGUGUCUGAAUAGAUUACCAAAAUCAAAUGAUUUGUAAUAAAAUAAAUGUUGAAUUAU